CUCGGGGAGCGCUGUACGACAAGAGCAACAGGUGCGGCGGGCUGGAUCACAAUUGAGUCAACAUUUAUCCGUGCCACAGCUACUGCUCGGUGGUGUGCACCUGUGACACACUGCCUUGCUGACGUCUGAACUGUUACAAACCUAAGCUUGAGCGUUAAGAUGGUGCGGGCGAGGGCGUGGUGGGCGGCGUGGUGGGCGGCGUCGCUCUGGGUGGCAGCUGGCAGUCCGGUUUCCAGUGGACGGGACAGACUGCUCUAUAUCAUGAUGGAUGGACUGAGGUGGGAUUACGUGGACCAGCAGGAUGCGAGCGUGUUGCCUGGAUUCAACAGGAUUCUGAGUGAAGGAGUGCGGGCCAAAUGGACCAACCCACUUUUCCCGAGCAUCUCCUACCCCACCUGGACCACCCUCUCCACGGGACUGCACGCUGAAUCUCACAACAUCGUCGGCAAUUACUUCCACGACGCUACCAAUGGGGACGACUUCUCCCUUUUCGAUGCCGAUGCUACUGGCAAGCCCAAGUGGUGGACAGCCGAGCCUAUCUGGACCACGGCAGAGAAGAGCGGCCUGCGCACGGCCCAGUACCUAUGGUCCCGCUGUGACGUCCCCAUCGACGGCAUCACCACUGAAUUUUGUGAACAUUUUGUCAAGAUCCCCGGCAAAGAAAUUUUUGAAGCCAACAUUCAGAAAGCGCUGCAGAAAUUCGACGAGGGAUUCGAUUUUGUGCAAGUGUACACGGAACACACGGACAACACGGGCCACAAGUUCGGGCCGGACUCGGAGGACCUGCGCCAGGCGAUGCGGGACUUGGAUGAUGUACUGAUGCAGCUCAUGGCCGGCCUGGAAGAGAGGGGACUGCUGAACCGUGUGAACAUCGUGAUCGUGAGCGACCACGGAAUGACCACCACGGAUCCGUCAGUCACCGAGACACAUGAAAUAGACGACUACCUGGACACUGACCUUGUAGAGAACUUGGCUGAUAGGGGCGCCUUUAUGAACAUCAAGGUGAUUGCAGGCAACGUGGAUACGGUGUUCGACCAAGUGUCACAGAUCCCCGGCGUGAUGGCAUACAAACACGCUGAUAUACCUGACCGCUACCACUUCAAAGAUAGUCCUUACAUCUACGACAUCAUCCUAGUCGCUAAGAAAGGGCACUACAUCAUGGCCUCUCGCUCCGACAAGCAGCUGCCGCGUCGCUCUGGCAGUUACGUGUCCGUCGGUGGUCACGGCUACGACCCCGAUGACAUGAACAUGAAGGGAAUCUUCUUUGCCAGAGGACCAGCGUUCGAUUGCGGAUCCGUAGUGGAGCCGAUACACGUGGUGGAUGUGUACCAAGUGCUGACUCACGUGCUGCACCUCACCCCGCUGCCCCACAACGGCACCUGGAGCCACGUGGAGCCCAUCUUCAGGACCUACGACUCUGUGUGCAGUGGCGCCGCCCGCUGCCUCAUUUCGGUCCCCUCGGCACUGCUGCUUGCACUGGCACUGGUGGCCCGCCAACUGAUGACAAAUUAAUUGACCAGCGCAUAAAAGAAAUUCCAUCCUCUCUCUCUCUCUCUCUCUCUCUCUCUCUCUCUCUCUCUCUCUCUCUCUCUCUCUCUCUCUCUCUCUCUCUCUCUCCGUUAGUAGCGUUAGUCUAGUAAAUUCUUCCCAUUCCAGUCUUUACUGUGAAAUUUCUAUGUACACGUUUCCUGCAAGGCACGUACAUGGCGAUCUCUUCUAACGGUUUCCUGUUUCGGUCGUGAUGGACGGAGAGUCUUAUUCUAUCACAGCCCUGUUCUUUCACGCGUAGUCUACUAGUGUGAGUGAAUAAGUUGACAGAUACCCUCUUUAUAAAUCAAUAUCGUAGAUCUCUCUCUCUCUCUCUCUCUCUCUCUCUCUCUCUCUCUCUCUCUCUCUCUCUCUCUCUCUCUCUCUCACACACACACACACACACACACACACAAUUCAACUGUUGCUCCUAGAAAGUAGGAUAAAUGCAAAUGCCAAUUUAGUUGUAAGGAUGUUUUGAUACUGCUCUUUUAAAAUAGUUCAAGUCGUGGGGUGAGUAAAACAGAGAGACAGAGUUCAAAAGUUCAUUAGUGAAAGGGAUGAAAGAGUGAAGACAGUGGUUGCCUCUAGUAUCAGUAAGGUAGAUGAAGCAUAAUUCAGACAGAGUAGAAUGUUUCAUGUAGAGAGGUCACGGAAGGAUGGAAGCAUGCAGUUAGCACCUUUGGAAGAGAAUUAACCACGAAAACAACGGUAUAUAAUAGGGAGAAAUGAAGCAUUGUUGUGAUUAGAGAUUCAAGACAAUUGGAAAGGGAAGUUGAUUUGACAAAAAGUUCUAGGACUCCACACUGUUUACUGAAGCUGUGUGAGUGAAACUUCCCCAAAUAUUAGAGCCGUACUCCAUACAAGGAUGGACAAAACCGCUGUGUAGAGCAAGAAACUGAGAAGAAAAUUUGAGAGAAACGACACAAAACAGCUACGUUCAUGCAAACUGCUUUAGUAAGAGAUGACGUGAUAUUUUUUUUAGAGGACAACCCAAGCAUGUUCAGUGAAGGAGAGGGGAAGAGCUGAAUGCCACUGAAGGAGAGGGGACAGUGGUGUGGAAGGCUGCGUAGAGGGAGUUGAUGAAGGAAUUGAGUGUCUGAGGCAGUGAACAAUGCAAGGUUCGUUCUGUCUCAUUCGGUAAUAGUGGCACCCAAUAAGCCAGCAGAUGCCUAACAACGCCAGAUGCAUUAAUUCAGCACUGCGGACAACUCUAUAAUAAUGCAAAUAGCUUUCUAUAACUCUGAUGAAAACAUGUAACCUUAGAAAUAUAAUUAUGAAAUAAAGUAGAGAAUAGAAGCUAAGAUAUAAAUGUUGGUAUGAAAAUAAAUAUGGUGAGUGAUAUGUCGUCUGGAUUUCGGGACAUUUCUAUAUAAAAAGUUAUACUCAAUACGAAAAAAAAAAAAGAUUAUGCAUCACGUGAUGUACAAGAAUCGUUGCCUUGAGUUUGCACUACCGGAUGUAAACAAACCCGCCAGUCUUGUGGCACGUGAACCGGCUAGACAGUUCAGUACCUGUGUCCACCACCGCCUCAACACAUCACCGUGGACUCCUGUGGUGUAUAAUUAGGAAUACUUCACAGUCAGCUGCCGCGAUGGAUCAAUAUCAAAAUGAAGCAUUAAUAGCCGAAUUAUGUUUUGUAAACGAAAUCGAAGAAAACAACAGUGCAGUGACCAGCAGAUUACAUUUUAAUCACUGCAAACAUGGUGGCGCCAUUUUGGUGGCGUCGUAUGAAGGGGUCCCAGUACUGUGUAUGUUUGUUUCACUGUGUUACAUGAAGCAUUGUCAUCUCAGGGAAUCGUGGAAAGUGUUUUACAAGUAAGUGUGUGACAAGACGCUUGUAAAAUUUAUAUGAACUCCGUUUGACUUUCAGGUUUGUCACACCCGGCUGACGACCACCUUUAUAUUAUCUGUGUUCAGAAAUGCUUGAACUUUCACAGAAUAUAUACAUGUAAAUACUAAUUUCAUCUCUUAAUCAUUGCCUCAGAAUUACUUUAAGUACCAUAUUAAUUAUGCUGGUCAUGACAGGAAGCUGCAGACUUAUUGGUGGUCUCAUAGAGAGAUCGGAAGUUACGAUAGGCGCACAGUGGCUUGGAUCGUUCAAUUCCUGUUGAGGUGGGCGUUUGGUAUAUGACGCUGAGAAAGUGGAGAGUGGAUAGGACAUGAAAUUUGGCUGAGGAGAAUAUCUACUAAUAGUGGAAAAAAAUAUUCUUAUGGUACACUACUAAUAAUAGAUUUCGGAAGAGAAAUAUCAUCCUUUUAAGAAAAUUGUUGAAUAUAAAUUCGGUCAGCAAAAAAAAAGAAAAGGUGGAUGUUGACGGAUUCAAUCAGAAAAGACUGACCAACACAAAAGGAGCAAGGAGCAACACAAAAGCGUAUUUACGGAGAACAAUAGGAAAGACUCCAUCAGGGGCAUAAGCAUUCUGGUCAAAGCCAGAGGGGUCAUUAAAAAAAAAAAAAAAAAAACAUUACGAAGGUUUUCAGUAACAUGCAUAAUGUAGCCAGGUGAAGGAGGACCGGGCGCAGAAUUAUCUAGAGUGGAGUUGUCCACAAAAGUCUGAGAUAAUGGUUCAGCCGUAGAAAUAGAGGCGAUGGCAGUGGGGUCAUCAGGGUGACAAAGAGGAGGGAAAGGUGAAGAAAAAAAAAAUGACGUUAUUUUUGGCUCGAUGCCAGAAGUCAGGAGAAGAUGAAAUGGAUAGAUCUUGACAGUUCGUAUUGUAGAUAGAAUUUUUGACAAGUUGUAAACCACAAAAACAUAAGAAAAUAAUGAGACAACAAAUGCCAGAUACCGUACAUCACGCAGCUCCUCAGGACUUCAAAACUUACCGUCUAUUGUGUUCAGGCGUAAAUGUAUCCUGCCUUUCUUGGAACAGUCGAAUGUCUGCAUCUACUUCGUUCUUGUUAGGUCUGUCGUGGAUGCAAGGCCCUGUUUCUGAACCAACUUUUUGACCACCUCCUUUUCAAAUCUCAGUUUGCCAGCUAAAAACUACUGGUACAUGUCCUUACUUGUUCCCUAACUGAGAGAACCUGUUUUGGGUCUCCUUUCAUGAAUCCCCUAAUGAGUCAAAUACCAUAUCACCGCGCGUAUUACGCCAAGCCAAUGAGUGCAGCUAAAGAUGUUUUACCUUAUCCCGGUGGAGUAAUUUUUCAGUCCCUGGAUCAUCCUAGCAAUCUUUCUGUGCACAAACUUGAGCCUGUCUACAAGUAGGUCUUUUAAAUGUUAAGUGUGCCGGCGGCUGAUGUGUCUCCUCGAAUAUCUAUUUGUGCUGGAGAUGAAACAAGGUUCACCAAAGUGUACCAGAGCCUGUGCUCAGCGGUCCGGCACUUAUUGUGAUGAGUAGGUAAUGGCGAUAUUGCGGUGUGAAGUAAAGAUGCAUCAGAUGUCAGAAUUAAGAGAUCUGCGGAUGUGGAUGUGUAUGCAGAUGUCAUUUCUACAUAUUUUGUGAAUGCGGAUAUGAAAUUAUGUCAUCCUCACGGAUGUGGAUGCAGUUGUAUACAGGAAUCUGGUAAAGAACUGUAAAGAACUGUAAAGAACCAAUUAUUGCCGAAUGGCCGCUGCGAUAAAUGCUCAGCGUUGCCAGUUCAUAUUUUUCUGUCUUAUUUUUGUAUAAUUACACAAUAUAUGUAAUGUUAAGAACGAAGCGCUAAAUUUUUUCUUAUGAACUGUAAGAGAGAGUACCGUCUACAUACGCAGACAUGCAAAAUGCAGUUAUAUAUUGUUUACAUACACACACACACACACACACACACACACACACACACUCUCUCUCUCUCUCUCUCUCUCUCUCUCUCUCUCUCUCUCUCUCUCCUUGCCAGCCAAGCUGCUUCCCUUCAUGCUGUAUUACUUGUGCAGCAUUACAUGCGGUAUAGUACACAUAUACAGUGCUGUUACACAGUACAUACAUACACAGUUUUACAUAUUUACAUGAUACAUACAUUCAUAAUUUUGCCGUUCCGCAAAACUCUUGACACAUAAGGCUGUGUAAAUUUGAAAGGAAAUUAAUAAAAAGUGUAGCUUUAGUAGAUAGUUAAAUAAAUAGACAUGCAUUAAUUGAUUUUCAGCUUUGCAAGCUCUGUACUCUGUAGUCUGUAAUGUAUGACAUGUAUCCGCCACAUCCUGUUUGUGUAUGGUGUGGAUGUGGAUGCGGAUGCAGAUGUUUAAUUUACUAGAACUGCGGAUAGAGAUGUUAAAAACUUUGUGGAUGUUCCGUGGAUGGAGAUGCGGAAUGCGGACAUCCGAUACACCCUUAGUGUGAGGCGAGUGCUGGGCCGGGGAACCGCAGAGUUGUCACGCCAUCACAGCUGGCAGCUCACACCAAAGAGGGUCGAGAUUCGAGCCUCCUUGCCCUCCCACAACCGUAUCGUCCCCCAUUGCCUCUGCCACUACCGUCGACACCACCACCACCACCAGCCAUGUUCUGUCAUGCCCCAUCAACACAUCCUUCAGCUGUACAUGUCCAUCUCUUCUUCCGCGAUAUAAACCAUGUGAAGAACGAAGGACGAGAAAACUUAGUUAAAGAAACUAUUUCUAAAUCAAAGGUAUCAUACCGAUGCUAGGGCCACAUAAGUGACAUAGUAUGGGGCUUGGAACACUGAUGGCAGAUUGGUUAACUCGGUGUGCGUAUCUUGAAGCCCGCAGCCGCCAUCUUGACACUCUCCUCGGGCCUGGGUACUUCUGUACACGUGCAGACGCCAACGCGCUGAGUGGCAGUGGGAUGGAAUAAAACACUUCCAUAAGAA